AUGCCGCUGGAUCGUUCCUCACUCCUCUCAGGAUACAUUAAACUCUCGGUCCUGACCUUAGCUGUUCUUGUGCUCCUGGCUCAGGCUUCCCCAGAUGGAUGGGUCAAAAGAUGUAAUUAUCGAAAAGGAAGAUGCAGGCAAUCUUGCAAAGAAUAUGAGAGGAAGAAGGAAAGAUGUGGGGGAAAAAAAAUUUGUUGCAUCCCUGAUGUAAAGCGUGAACUCCCAUACUCUGUUGAGAAACAACAGAUGACAUACCAAGCUAAGGUAAGAACAGCCGAACGUCUGUAAAACUCCUGAUACAAGACUCUGAACAGCC